AGAGAGAGGGCGAGAGUGAGUGGAAGAAAGAGGAGAGUAGGGCGGCGGGUUGAAUCGAGGUUGCUAUCGGGCAGCACAGUGAGUCGCGCGAUCCGUUCAUUCGGGCUCGCACGGCUCGCAUCGUCGCAGCUCGGGUACGUGCUGCUGCUGCUACUACUGCUGCUGCUGUUGCUGCUGCUGUUGCUGCUGACGCUGACGCUGCCACUACCGCUGCUGCUCUUCUUCAAAGAGCUUCUUUGCCGAAGCACUACGUCUCACUCUGCUCGUCUUAUUGCCUUUUUCUUGAACUUUUUCCCUUGUUUCUUUUUCUUUUUCUCCUUUACCUGUCUUCUCUUUAUUUUUAUUUCUCUUUCGUACUACGUGUUAUUCAGAAAACGAGAUUUCUCAAUAUGACGGUCAACUCGCCGUUAAGAAUUCUUUUCCUCACGCAUGGACGAGUGUUCUCCAUUUAGGAAAGUGGACGGACAUUACUUGAAAAGUUUCAAUAAACGAAUUCGUUAGACUCGUGUCGUUCUUGAUCGUUUUUCAAAUAUGUGGUGUUCAUGUUUAACACCUGGACGAGCAGUUUGAAUGAUCGGAAAGUGUAUAACAAUAUUUGGAAACUUCAUCGAUAGUAUGAAAGUCGAUUAGUUGGUGUUUGUUCGAUGUGAUACGAUAUCUAUAAUUCAUGUUGAUAUACGCAUGGACCGAGUGUUCUUCAGAUUACAAAGUGAUUCUAACAAUUCAGAUUAACGAAUUAUCUACUUGGUUUUUCUUCUUUUUCUCCUUUUUUUUCUUUUUUCUGAUAAGAACCAUCGAGUGCGGUACGCUUUUGGAUAAACUCGAAGAGGUUCGAUUAGUUUGUUUUCCCGCUCAGAGGCGGGAGCCGUGCAUCGAAGAGGCUAACGAAGAAGCGACAGGCAGCGAUACACUUCGUGCGUGUGCGUGUGCGUGUUGAUCUUGAUGUAGCUGUGUUAUUCGUCGGCUGUUUGCAACUUCUCGAAUUUCGUGCAGCACGAGUUCGCGAUAUGAAUUACUUUUGAAAAUUUGACCUGGUACAAACUUUUAUCCGAUUAACGAGUUUAUCUACGGUCAGAGAAUUUAACGAAGUUUAAGUUUUUAAGGUGGAGAAUGGACAUCGAGAUGAUCGGUGUAUGUUGGUGCUCGUUGUUGAUAAUAACGUUGAUAAUGUAUUGAUAAUAUUGCACGAUAACGAAUCAAAUUCGCGGGAUGAUUCGCGGUUUCGUUAUUAUCUGAUACAUAGAAAAGCCAACAACGAGCUAUUGGGAUAUUUACGUUAACGUCAUUCGCGGUCCUAUCGGUGUACCGUAUCCUUCGUGUGUGUGCGGUGUGAUCGGUGUGACGGGGCACGUGGCCAAUAUGACUCUCAAAGGUCACAUUAUCGUUAGCGAUAUUUAGACCGUUGGAUCUAAUGGGCCAACGUUUAACAGGCUAUAGCCAGCUAACGUGCGUCCAUUUAAUAAACACACCCAGUUCGUAUGCGUCUGUUGCACAACACAGGAUCGGGUUACUACGGUGUUCAUCCCUUUCAUCCUCAUCGUUGCAAAGUUCGUCGUUGAUCAUUCCCGCACAUGGUACCACCAUCCAUUCGCUGCUCAUUCGUUUCUGUCUCCAUCGGUCUUCCGUGGAAGUGCCGUGAAAUACGAAGAAGCAUGAACUCGAGCAGAAUGUUCACUUCUCUGGGACCAACUAAUUCGCAUCCCGCCAUUGAUGAUUACAGCGAGUUAGUCGAUUUAAGAGGUCGACUGUGCGACGAAUAUUUUGGAUUAAAAUUAAAGGGAUUUCUCACGAAGACAGUGUAUGUACGUGCAGUGCCAGAUGUUAGUUAAGUGAUAUUUGUGCCGAGAGAUAGAGAGAAAUAUAUACACACACACAUUAUAUAUAUAUAUACAUAUAUAUAUAUACACACACACACAUACUCAAUACACAUAGAAUAACGUGUAUACUGUAUCAGUGUGUCGAGGACAGUCGGAUCUUCCUCGUAAUUUCCGUGUCCCUGGUCAGCCCUAAUCUGGUUUCGGCGUUAUUUGCUAAAGGGGGAAUGAAGGACAAUACGUAGGGACUGGCCCUUCUCGUUUUGGAGAUGUGCCGCUAUCUACUGCACACCACCCUCGCCCUCCCCCUCGUACUCUUGGCGAUUCAUGCGAUCACCGUUGUACGAGCUGGCGAACAAGAGAGGGAAGUCUGGUAUGAAGGCGCUAGACGUGCGAUCGAGGCACGAAUCCGUGCGGCUACGAGCUCAAACGGAGCAGGAACAGGAGGAGGAGGAGGAGGUGGAGGAGGAGGAGGUGGUGGAGGUGGGGGUGGAGGAGGAGGAGGUAGCAUACCACCGAGUACCGUAGCACGCGGGGUCGUCCUUUUCGUUGGCGACGGCAUGAGCAUGAGCACGCUUACGGCUGCUAGAAUACUCUCGGGUCAACGUCAUGGAAAUACAGGGGAGGAAGCUCAACUCGCAUGGGACAGCUUUCCAGCGGUAGCCCUCUCUCGGACUUACAACAUGGAUGCGCAGGUCGGCGAAUCAUCGGCAUGCGCGACAGCAUUGCUUUGUGGCGUUAAAGCGAAUUACGAAACCGUGGGUUUGGAUUCCUCCGCUCGCUUCGAAAAUUGUUACUCGAGUUUCGACGCGCGCGUGCCAUCGCUCAUAAAUUGGGCACAAGGCCAAGGCAAAUCUACGGGCUUGGUUACAACUACAAGAGUCACACAUGCAACACCAGCGGCCCUUUACGCUCAUGCAGCAAGUCGUUAUUGGGAAGAUGAUGGCAAAGUUCCACCUGCGUCUCGUCCUUCCUGCAAGGAUAUCGCUCGACAACUUCUCGAAGAUGAGCCCGGUCGUAAUAUCAACGUAAUACUUGGUGGUGGCAGACGUCAUUUUGUACCCAAAGUGACCUUGGAUCCAGAAGAACCGGAUAAAGAGGGUAGACGAUUAGAUGGGAGAAAUCUAAUCGAAGAAUGGUCGAGAAAUAAUCGCAUGAGGAAAGUUUCCGCGAGAUACGUCUCCAACAAGGAACAGUUCGAGAGCGUUGAUGUUCGAAAAGUUAAUUACUUGUUAGGACUGUUCGCUUAUUCUCACAUGGAUUUCGACGUGGAUCGCAAUACAACUGGUACCGGGGAUCCUUCUCUAACCGAGAUGACGUUGAAAGCAUUGCGUAUUCUCGCAAAGAAUCCGGAAGGGUACUUUCUUUUUGUAGAAGGUGGUAGAAUUGACCAUGCUCACCAUUACAACAACGCUUAUCGCGCUCUAGAUGAAACCUUAGCGUUAGAGGAAGCAGUUCGAGCGGUUGUGAAUGAGGUCGACCUUAUGGAAACUCUCAUCGUCGUGACUGCUGAUCAUUCUCAUGUCUUAACUCUUGGUGGUUUAGCAACUCAUCGUGGCAAUCCUAUACUCGGCUCUGACAGCAAGGUGUCGGAUGUUGAUGGACAACCCUACACGACGCUGCUUUACAGCAAUGGUCCCGGAUACACGCAGCCACGGAAUAUUCUACGUGACGCCGGCAAGGAUUCCAUACAGACAGCAGGAGUUCCACGUGCCUGGGCUACACACGGUGGCGAAGACGUGCCAGUGUUUGCGAUUGGUCCACUUGCUAGCGUACUCUUCUCUGGUAGCAUCGACCAAAGUUACAUACCACACGCGAUCUCGUACGCUGCCUGCUUAGGCCAUCAGGCGAGUCGUUGCUCACGAGACGAUAGUAGUAGCAUCGGUAGCAACGACACGAUGAACGCACCGAUAAGCUGUCCUUCGGCGGAACCGAACAGUGCAGCGAUAUCGAGCGACGUGAUGAACGAUCAGGCACGAAAUCCUAGCACGAAAUCCGUCGCUUCCCGACCACCUAGCAAACCCCGACAACCCCUCGACGAUCUUCUCUUUGCUCUCCUCUUACCCUGCCUCGUAGCGAGCCUCCAACAAGUUUUCCACCUACCCCUUUCCAUCGACUAGCCUGGCUUCUAUUGCUAUUCGCUUUAUACCUACCCUUCUACCACCACCACCAUUACCACCACUAUUACCAUCGCCACAACCACCAUCACCAUCACCACCAACACCAUCAUCAUCACCAUUACCAUUACCACCACAAUUACCAUCACCCUGACGUCCUGCCUACCUGCCUACCUACCUACCUAUCUACCUGCUGGCCUGCUUGCCUCCCUGUCUACCUACUUGCCUCCUGGCUCUCUUUUAACCCUAACAGGCUUUCAUGUCCCGUUGGACGAACAAGAGCAGCCUCGAUCUAGCCUGCGUAUAAUCUCCUUUGAUCGUGCCCAUUCCGAGAGACACUACUACUAUCUACUGACCACGAGAGCGUGACUCUUCAAGAGGGGUGAAAGCCUCAGAGAAGGGAGAAAACUGAUAAAUAACUGAAUCGAGUUCAUCGAACUUCGUCUCCGGUUCUUACCUUACGGUGUUCAUUUUCUUCGGUGGAAGGAUCGCUCGAUCAUGGGGAAAACGAAGACGCUGAUGUAAAUUUCAUGGUUUCGUUAGGCAAAUUCUAUUUAAUAAAGUUAAUUCUCUCUCUCUCGUCAUUAACGGUGAGAACAUGUUGUGUAUAAUAAUGAUAGUAAUAAUAAUAAUAAAAAUAAAAAUAAUAAUAAUAAUAAUAAUAAUAAUAAUAAUAAUAAUAAUAGAUAGGUAAGGAAAAGAGGUUUGGAUCGUUUGCAAACGUUUGCUCGUUAAAAGGGGAUUGUAAUUGAAGUAUUUGUGUAUUGCGACUAGCUCUGGAUAGAUUUUCAUAGACCGAGUAAUCACGUCCAACAUAUUAACUCUUAAAUGCAUAAGAUUGCAGAAUUAUAACAUUUAUUAUUUAUUAAUAUUUAAUGCAACUUAACGAACAAUGUAACGUAUCUACAUAUUACAAUUAUCUUUUCUUUUCUUUUUUUUCUUUUAUUUCUUUUUCUUCUUAAUUAAGUUUCAUAGAAAUAAAUAAUGACAAUGUAAUAUCUCUGUUAUAUUCAUUUUCAUGUUUACUUAAUAGAUGAAAUUAUAAUUUGAUUAUAAAAGUAUCUAUCAGAAUAAAUCGUGCAUUAAAGGGUUAAGACGAAUUUUAUCAACUUUUAAUAUCCUCGUGUAUGGUACGAAAAAAAAAAAAAGCAGAAAAAAUCAAUAACGAUCUCGAAAGAUCUGUCCAGAGUUACAACGACAAACAGUCAAUAAUUACGA